UAUGAAAAAAUGCAACAUAGAAAAGAAAAACCUUAUCAUGUUCUCCAUGGGUGUGAAGAGAGAGAGAGAGUGAAGAAGGAUCUUAAGUAUCUCAGCCAGUGAGUAACCAGCAUCAGAAUCUGCAUCUACAAACCUCAUCACAAAAUGGGAACAGACGAGGUUGGAGGAUCUUCUGCAGACAUAGAACUCGAAAGAGUAACCACUCACAGUGGACCACUGAGCAAAAGGGUUGGCAGAAGAAGCACCAAGUUGAACACUUCUUCUUUUGCCUCCACCUCGGGCUCAGACAUCAACAAGUCUCAGGAACAAGAGGAUGGAGACUACGUUGAGGUUACUAUGGACAUCCAAGGUGACUCUGUGGCUCUCCACAGUGUGACAGCCGUGGAAGGGAGCAACAACCAUGAAGGGGAAGAUGAGAAACUGGUUUUGCUCGGCAAAGGCAUGGAGAAGAAGAGGUCCUUUGGUGCCUCCGUUGUGAGAAGUGCCUCCAUUCGCAUGCAGCAGGUGUCUCAGGAGCUCAAGCGUUUAGCUUCGCUUUCUAAGCAACCGGCACCUGCGAGAGUGCACUAUGAUAGGACCAAAUCUGCAGCGAGUCAUGCUCUCAAGGGUCUCAAGUUUAUCAGCAUGACUGAUGGUGGUGCAGGCUGGGGUGAGGUUGAAAAGAAGUUUGAUGCUCUCACUGCUUCCACUAAUGGCUUUCUGCAUCGCUCUCUCUUUGCCAAAUGCAUAGGGAUGAACAAGGAGUCUGAGGCCUUUGCAGGGGAGCUUUUUGAUGCUCUUGCUAGGAAGAGGGAAAUUCAGGGGGAUUCUAUUAACAAGGUCCAGUUGAAGGACUUUUGGGACCAGAUUUCUGACCAGAGUUUUGAUUCUAGGCUCAGAACAUUCUUUGACAUGGUUGAUAAAGAUGCGGAUGGAAGAAUCACUGAGGAAGAAAUUAAGGAGAUUAUCUGCCUUAGUGCCACUACGAACAAACUCUCAAACAUACAGAAGCAGGCAGAGGAAUAUGCUGCUUUGAUUAUGGAAGAACUAGACCCUGAUGACACAGGAUUCAUCAUGGUAAACGAACUAGAGAUGUUGUUGCUGCAUGGACCAACUCAUUCUACAAGAGGAGAUAGCAAGUACCUCAGCCAAAUGCUAAGCUUAAAUCUUAAGCCUACGUAUGAAAAAAAUCCUAUUAGAAGAUGGGGUAAACUCACCAAGUACUUCUUGGAGGACAAUUGGCAGAGAACUUGGGUAUUGGUGCUGUGGAUUGGUGUGAUGUUAGGUCUAUUUGCCUACAAAUUUGUGCAGUAUCGGAGAAAAGCUGCAUAUGAGGUGAUGGGACAUUGUGUAUGCAUGGCCAAAGGUGCAGCUGAGACACUUAAAUUGAACAUGGCUAUUAUCUUGUUACCGGUUUGCCGAAACACCAUCACCUGGCUCAGGAAUAAGACCAAGCUUGGCAUUAUGGUUCCUUUUGAUGACAACCUCAACUUCCACAAGUUGAUAGCUGUGGCAAUAACAAUUGGAGUUGGUAUACAUGGUAUCUAUCAUCUGGCUUGUGACUUUCCUCGCCUUCUUCAUGCAAGUAGUGAAAAGUACAAGCUCAUGCAACCUUUUUUCGGAGAUCAAGCAUCAAGUUAUUGGCAUUUUGUUAAAUCAUGGGAAGGAGUAACAGGGAUUAUAAUGGUUGUUCUAAUGGCAAUAGCCUUCACUCUAGCCACCCCUUGGUUCAGGAGAGGCCGAAUCAAGCUACCCAAACCCUUCAACAAUCUAACAGGCUUCAAUGCCUUUUGGUAUUCACAUCAUCUCUUUGUCUUUGUCUACGCCCUGCUCAUUGUGCAUGGAAUCAAACUUUACUUGACCAAGGAUUGGUACAAGAAAACGACCUGGAUGUAUUUGGCUAUCCCCAUAAUCAUUUAUGUAUCAGAAAGACUGACUAGAUUACUCAGAUCAAGCAUCAAGCCUGUGAGAAUAUUAAAGGUGGCUGUUUAUCCUGGAAAUGUGUUGGCUCUUCAUAUGUCAAAGCCUCAGGGAUUUAGAUACAAGAGUGGACAAUACAUGUUUCUCAAUUGUGCUGCUGUGUCUCCAUUUGAAUGGCAUCCAUUUUCUAUAACCUCAGCCCCUGGUGAUGAUUACCUUAGCGUUCAUAUCAGAACACUUGGUGAUUGGACUCGGAGCCUCAGAGUGAAGUUCUCAGAGUGUUGCCAGCCACCUAACAACGGAAAUAGUGGACUUCUAAGAGCUGAAUACUCGCAAGGAGAUAGCAGUCCGAGUGGCCUCCCAAGAGUCCUAAUUGAUGGUGCAUAUGGAGCACCAGCCCAAGACUACAAGCAAUAUGAAGUGGUUUUACUGGUGGGGCUAGGAAUUGGAGCCACCCCAAUGAUCAGCAUUCUAAAGGACAUAGUGAACAACAUCAAGGCCAUGGAGGAUGAAGAGGGGACCAACAUAGAACAAGGAGCAAGUGGGUAUGGUGGCAAAUCACCACACAAAAAGAGUGCUCCUAGCAACUUUAGGACUACUAGGGCCUACUUCUAUUGGGUCACGAGGGAACAGGGUUCCUUUGAUUGGUUCAAAGGGGUGAUGAAUGAAGUGGCUGAAGAGGAUCAUAGGGGGGUUAUUGAGCUUCAUAACUAUUGCACUAGUGUGUAUGAAGAGGGUGAUGCUCGUUCGGCUCUUAUUGCUAUGCUGCAAUCUUUGAACCAUGCUAAGAAUGGCGUGGACAUAGUCUCUGGCACGCGAGUUAAGUCGCACUUUGCUAAACCCAAUUGGCGCAACGUCUACAAGCGCAUUGCGGUUAGUCAUCCACGUGCACGUGUUGGGGUAUUUUACUGUGGGCCACCAGCUCUAACCAAACAGCUUCGUCAGUUAGCGUCGGAUUUUUCUCACAACACAACCACCAAAUAUGAUUUCCACAAAGAAAAUUUCUAGUAAGAUGGAGUUUAUUGAAGACAAAAGGACAAUUGAGAGGAACAGAGUCUUCCACUUUAUUACACCAUGUCCUUGUUCAUAAUUAUUAAUCCAUGUGUUUCAAUGUGUGAAUUAUUAUGGCUUUGUAUCAUUUACCAAAGGGUUGAUGACCAAAUAGUAAUACCAAAGGUGUGAUUGGAUUUGGAUGGCAACGGCAUCACAGCGAGAUGUAUCACAAGAUUACAUGGACCUUUCGCGCAGGGGAAAUAAAAUAUCCAAGUGGAGUAGGUGGCAGCACUUACAUUCCAAUGAAUUAGUGCAUUAGUGCAUCAUCAACUCUUACAGGUUGAUUUUGUUUAAAUAUUAAUCAAUCUAUGGCUUAAAAUGAAGACCUAUAACCAUUGUAGAAAGUAACAUUUUGCAUUGAGAAAAGUUGUUUGUUUUGGGGG